GCGGUUCCAUGAGUCAUUCGAAUAACAUAACCUCACAAAGCGUCGCAAAGCAUGCUUAACAACCUUUCGCUACUCUUAAAGAUUUCAUUUUGACAGAUUUGACAGAUGCACGCAGAUACAAUACACAUGAGAACUAAUGCGAAUACUUUUAUGGAAACGUACAAAAAAUCAGUGAAAAUCAGUGAAAAUCAGUGAAAAUAAAGAUCAUUAGAAAUGGAAGAUAAACAAAUCGGCGAGGAACAGUUAUUUAAAUGCGAAUGCCGCAAACCAAGAUUUUUCAAAUCAUUGAAGAGUUUAAGGAAACAUGAGAAAUUGUACCAUGAAAAAUUCGUAACCAGAUAUUAAAAGAAGCCAAAGCAAAGAAGGAUGAAAAACCGAAAGUGAUUCGAGAAACAUGUAUUUGCCCAAUAUGCUCAAAUACAUCACGAGGAAUAAGCAACUUAAAACGGCAUUUGAAUGGUAUUCAUAAAAUCGAAUUAGAAGAUACGAAGAAGAGACAAUGUAACGUCAAAACGAACAACAUUCCGAAAGAGUUUAUUCUUCAUCGAACUGAAACGGGCAAAUUUGAAUUGGUCACUAAGUGCAAUUCAAGUAAUACCCAGCCAUCCAAGCCAUCAGAAUGUCAUCAACAAGAACAAAAUAUCAAUGGAUCGAACAGUCAAAUGGAACCACAGAGUGAUAAUAAAAUGGUCGAUGAUUCGCGUGAAGCUACACAUCAUUCGUGUGCGGAAGAGAAUUCGUUCACAAAAAUUCAAUAUACGUAUGACUUAUCAAUGGGAACUGAUAAUUUAAGCACCGUAUCCAAUGAAUACAUCAAUGUCGGGGACGACGGUAUUGAUGCUGAUUUGAAAAACAAAAAUGUUGUUUCGAAUUGUGAAAAUCCAGUAGAACUUAUACAAAGUAAUAUUGGGUGUGAAAAUUUUUCAAUCAUAAUAUUGCCAAAUCACGAGAAAGCCAUAUCAACAGAUUACUUAUCGGCCGAAGUUAAAGCUGGCGCCAACAUGAAUGUCAGCCAAUUGGAUCAAGAAAACCAACAAUAUGAUUUCCCAGUUGGCACAUGUUCAAGCGUUAUCGAUUUUCAAAGCACCGACCCAACGCAAGAAUUGGAUUUUAAUGCUAUCAGCAGUGGUUCUCGUCUUCAAAAUAAUGACAAAAUAGACGAAUCGUCGUUAAAUGAUUCGAAGAACACCAGAGAAUCAGGUGCUAUCAUCAAUCUUACAUUGGAAGAUACUUUAUCGACAUCGAUUGAUAGUGAAUCAAUGAUCAAAGCACAACAGCAGGCGAUUGUGAAAAAUGAUAUUUUGGCAAAUCUACAGAUCGUCUUAAAUGAUGAAACUACAUUGGCAUCAAAUUUGGAUGAAAAGGAAGCGCCUAUUCAAAGAGUUUUGCCAAUUGAAACAAGUGUUAAUCAGGUUGAAGUCAUAAAGCCGAUUACGAUUGAAGUGAUCAAGGAAGUGGGCAAAUCAUUAAAAAAAUUCCUAAUCGCCCAUGUUGUUUCGGUGAGAAAUUCAAAUCGACCCAAAACUAACGUUUGGCAUUAAGUGGUGGAUGUUGUCAGAUGUUGUUUUAUAAGAUUCCUUGAAGAUAAGCAAAGAUAAGAAUGGCAUCGUUUCUGUAGUGGUUGUAUAAAAUACAUUUUUAAAAUUAAACAAUUUUUUUUCAAACAUUUUAAAGAGAGUGUUUCAAAAUUUACUUUUAACAAGUAUUUGAUGCACAAUAUAUUAGACGAUAUUAAUUCAAUUUUCCAAAAUUCGGUUCAUGUAUUAAACACCAGUUGAUCAUAUUUUUCUCUCUUGUUUCGACUUUUGGAACCAAACCAACGGCCUCUAAAAUAGUAAAAUCAAUUGGGUUUUCGACGAUAGAUUCACUGACGGGAGCCUUAAUUAAUUUUUUUCUGUU